AUGAAACUAGCUAAAUUAUUUUACUUCGUCGCCUUCCUCAUAACCAUUAAGGUGUUCGUUCCAGGAUUCAACAAUGAUGGAUUAGUUGAAGCAAAGAAGGCUUCUAACGCCAAGUCCUUAAAAAAGAUCGACAAGGAUAUGCUAAGAAAAAAGAGAAAUAAAAAGAUCAUGAUCAUAUCUACCAUCGCCACUAGUUUAGCUCUACUCAUUGGUAGUGCCUUAGGAGGAUACAACUACUACAAACAAAAGAACACCAAGAAACUCCAAUCAAAAACAGGAACUAGAAACUUAAGCAAGUCACAGGAGGAUAUCUCCAAGGUCCCAAUAACGCCACCCACAAUGCCCCCACCACC